AUGUUGACGUCGACGGAGAAGUUCAUAUUCACUGACACUCGGCGUCUAGACUCGGUCCUCUUCCUCCUGCUCUCCCUACUCAUCAUCGCCGCGUCGCUGUAUCUGCCAGACCACCUUACGAUUAUUGCGAACCGCUUGUUUUACUACUUCUCGGGGAAUGAAGAGACGCUGGCGACGGGGGCCCAGAAGGCCGGCCAGCUGCUGGAGUCGAGUCGCGCAUUGACGACGACACAGGGGCUGAGCGCUGCUGCCGCUGCGGGUCGGGGGGUUAUGGAGUUAUGA